AUGGCCUCGAAAGGCGGUCCUAUGGUUGCCGGAACGGACGGUACUGAUUUUGCAAAUAGGCAAACCAUAGCAGCUCAGUACCAAAUCAGUGCACUAAACAAAUCAAGAUUAAAAUAUUGUAUUUUUUUCCAUUACUUACUUUUUUUUGCCAUGUUUGCAAAACUAUUACCAGACAUCCUUGAUAGAUUAGAUAUAUUCAUUUUGGAAAUAGAAGAACUUCAAGUGCCAAAACCCCAACUCUGGGAACAUUUAUGGUGUCUUUCAAUAAUUGUCACUUUUUUCGGCCUGUCAGCGAUUAAAAAAAAUAAAAUAAAUGUUAUUAAUCAAUAUAUAUAUGGAAUUAUAAUAUUCGGUUUUGGUACCACAUUAUUUGGCGCCAUGUAUUAUUUCCAUGAUGUUUGGACUUAUCUUAGAUCAGGAGUAAAUGAUGAUAUUAUAUUGUGGCAAGGUUUACCCUAUGGUUUAUUGUGGUAUGUUUUCAUAUUGGCAGCAUUUCAAGUACAUUUUUUUUCCAUAUAUUUUGCAUGGAAUUUAAGAAAUGCUUGGAAAACAAGAGGAUCCCAUAAGAAAUCCGGGUAA